AGAAACAGCAAAAGUUACAGUAACGAGCAUUUUUGCCUUCUGUCAUGCACUUUGCCACACACCCCAAAAAGUUCCUCCUUCUUUUUCUCUCUCUCUCUCUCUCUCACUUCAUACACUCUUCAUUCACUAUUUUCUUCUUCGUUAGGGUUUUCUCUCUCAUUGAAACCACAGAUUCAGAUUCUCACAUCCUUUAUUUCUCGUUCCAACUCGCUGAGUCCACUCGUUUGUUCUCUUCACGCCUCCGACAACCCCAACUUUCUCCUUAUUUUCCUCGAUUUUACUUUCCUGAAGCGUUUUACAACUUCAAUUUUUCUCAAGUUCAUCCAAACACGACUUUUCGAUGAUUCCGAGGUAAAGAGAAAAAAAAACACCACACCGAUUUGGAAUCACUUAUCACACGGCAAUGGAAGCUUCUAGAAUAGAGAAUUUGAUUAGAGCCAAGAAAUCAUUGAAGAUAAGCUUAGAGAAAUCAAAAUCGGUAGGUUUAGCAUUAGAGAAGGCGGGGCCGAGGUUAGAUGAAAUUAGGGUGAGGCUUCCGUCGCUGGGAUCGGCAGUGCGGCCGAUUCGCGCCGAGAAGGACGCCCUCGCGGCGGUCGGCGGCCACAUCAACCGUGCGGUGGGCCCCGCUGCAGCGGUGCUCAAGGUUUUCGACGCCGUCCACGGCCUCGAAAAGUCACUCCUGUCGGAUCCCCGGACCGACCUGGCCGGAUACUUGUCGGUGCUGAAGCGCCUCCAGGAGGCUCUGAGGUUCCUGGGAGACAAUUGUGGGCUGGCCAUACAGUGGUUGGAAGAUAUAGUUGAGUAUUUGGAGGACAAUUCUGUUGCUGAUAAGGUUUAUCUUGCGAAUUUGAAGAAGGAGUUGAAGAAUCUUCGCGAGUCGCAGCACGGGGAGCUUGAUGGAGGGUUGCUGGAUGCUGCAUUGGGUAAAUUGGAGGAUGAGUUUAGGUUGCUGUUGAGUGAGAAUAGUGUGCCGUUGCCUAUGGCGUCCGCGAGCGGGGAUCAGGCGUGCAUUGCGCCAUCACCAUUGCCGGUGUCGGUUGUUCACAAGCUGCAGGCGAUUCUCGGGAGGUUGAUUGCCAAUGACAGGCUGGAUAGGUGUGUGGGGAUUUAUGUUGAGGUGAGGAGUUCGAAUGUGAGGGCGAGUUUGCAGGCGCUGAAUUUGGAUUACCUUGAGAUUUCUUUGUCGGAGUUUAAUGAUGUGCAGAGCAUUGAGGGGUAUAUUGCUCAGUGGGGGAAGCAUUUGGAGUUCGCAGUGAAGCACUUGUUUGAGGCCGAGUAUAAGCUUUGCAAUGAUGUGUUUGAGAGGAUUGGGUUGGAUGUGUGGAUGGGUUGCUUUUCAAAGAUUGCUGCACAGGCUGGUAUACUCGCUUUUCUUCAGUUUGGGAAGACGGUCACGGAGAGUAAGAAGGACCCUAUUAAGCUUUUGAAGUUGUUGGAUAUUUUCGCGUCGUUGAAUAAGUUGAGGCUGGAUUUCAACCGGCUUUUUGGUGGUGCGCCGUGUGUUGAGAUACAGAAUUUGACAAGGGAUCUUAUUAAGAGCGUGAUUGAUGGGGCUGCGGAGAUUUUUUGGGAGCUUUUGGUUCAGGUGGAGUUGCAAAGGCCGAAUCCACCCCCAAUGGAUGGUAAUGUGCCGAGAUUGGUGAGCUUUAUCACUGAUUACUGUAACAAGCUCCUUGGGGAUGACUAUAAACCAAUACUGACUCAGGUCCUGAUCAUUCACAGAAGUUGGAAGCGCCAAAGCUUUCAGGAGAAACUCCUUGUCAACGAGAUUUUGAACAUAGUGAAGGCUGUUGAACAGAAUGUGGAGACUUGGAUCAAGGCUUAUGAUGAUCCUAUACUGUCCAACUUUUUUGCUAUGAACAAUCACUGGCAUCUGUGCAAGCAUUUGAAGGGGACAAAACUUGGGGAGCUCUUGGGGGAUUCUUGGUUAAGGGAGCAUGAACAGUAUAAGGACUAUUACUCUACCAUCUUCUUGAGGGACAGUUGGGGAAAGCUUCCUGGACAUUUGAGUAGGGAAGGGUUGAUUCUUUUCUCGGGAGGGCGUGCCACUGCCCGUGACCUGGUCAAGAAAAGGUUGAAGAAGUUCAAUGAAGUUUUCGAUGAGAUGUAUGCGAAGCAGACAAGUUGGAUCAUGCCAGAACGAGAUCUGAGGGAGAAGACAUGCCAGCUUAUAGUGCAAGCGGUGGUGCCUGUUUACCGCAGUUACAUGCAGAAUUAUGGUCCUUUGGUUGAGCAAGAUGCUAGCUCUACAAAAUAUGCAAAGUACACAGUGCAGAAGCUGGAGGAAAUGCUUUUGUGUCUAUAUCGGCCAAGACCUGUAAGACAUGGCAGCUUGAGAAGUUCAACAUUUAGUGCAAAAUAUGGGAAUGGAGUACCCGAUCUUCGCAGAACAGCAUCUGCAGUUGUGUAAUUUCCUAGUCAUGUAUUUCUGAAGACUGAACAGCAUUGAUAAUCUUUCCCCCUCAUCAGAUGGAUGGCUACUGUAUAUAAUUUUCCUCUGGGCCCUGUGGUGCAUAAGAUUGGCUUUGCUUAGAUUCUGAGAAGGAAGUUCCUGAGCUCUGCCAUUCAAAUAUCUGAUUUAUUUUCAUGAACAUGAAGCUUAGCUUCCCUUCUGAGAUGAAAAGCUGGUUACUAUCUCCCUUGCACCGAGGUUUCUGCUAAAGCUUUGCCAUCUGUAAAACAGUAAGUUAUGAAAUUCCCAUAAAUAUGUAUGGACCUUGAUUAUGAGGUUUUUUGGUCAUACUGCCCGCUUAAGUAAUUUUAUUCAAUCUUCAUCUUCAUCUAUUCUGUUGUUUGUAGCAGCAGCAUCAUUUUAAUUUGCAAAUUUUGUGUACAAUUUUUUAGUAUACAUGGACGUAGAAGAAGUUUAGAUUAACAGAAUAUUUCGUCAUUAGUUUUGAAGGGGCUGAAGUUGUUAAUUGUAAAUGCAGAAACCCUUGAGUUGCUUGUUCCAUGUACUUUCUUUAAGGAUGUCUUUACCAAAAUAAGAUGUGUAAUUUGGUAAUGAAUUCGUGGGGAGGCCAAGGAAAAUAGGUUUUUAUAUUCAAUUGUCUUUCUGCAUUGAUUGCGUUUUGA